CCAAUGGUUUCUUCUCUUCUCUUUCUCCUCAUGUUGGUUUCUGUAUUUCCUACUACUUUUGAGCUCAAUUUUCUCUUCAACUCCUUCAAUGCCACCACCAAUUUAAAAUUCUUCGGUGAUGCCCAUAUCGAUGACUCAUCUUUCAUCAAAUUAACCAAUGCUUCCACCCAGAAUUCCAUCGGACGAGCUUUUUACUUUGCUCCAAUCACCAUGAACACAACUUCAAGUAUAAACCAGACCACCAAUAUUUCUUCCUCCUUCAACACUUCAUUCGUCUUCUCCAUCAUUCCCGGCAACAAGGAAACCUCUUCAAACACAGGCUACGGCCUUGCCUUUGUCCUCUCCGAUUCCACCUCUAUCAAUGGUCGAUACUUUGGCAUCUUCUCCGACACUACCAAUCCUUCCGUUUCUCCUCCUGUAGCCAUCGAAUUCGAUACCAGCCAAAACACAAAUCUCAAUGAUCCAGACAAGAAUCAUGUGGGCAUCAACCUCAACAAUGCCAAAUCCUCUGAGCAUCAAAGGGCUGGUUACUUCGAUCCUGUGACUCGCGAAUUUGUCUCCAUCAAUAUGCGUGACGGCCAAAACAUUCGUGCUUGGAUUGACUUCGUUGGACCCAGAAACGAAGUUAUCGUCACAAUUGCUCCGGCCGACUUAGCUCGACCCACCCAACCUCUGUUCACUUUCUAUGAUGUAACCAUAGCUAACUACUUAUCACCCCAAAUGUUUAUUGGGUUCUCGGCAGCUACGGAGACUUCCGCAGAGAAACAGAGGGUUCUAGCUUGGAGCUUCAGUGAUGAAGGAAGCGCUAUAGACAUAAACACGGCCGAAUUUCCGGUUUUCCAAACAUCACAUUCAUCAUCCUCUUCGUUUUCUGCUCAAGUAAUAACCGGAAUUUCAUCAAUUUGUCUCCUCUGUUUGAUUGGGAUCUUACUUGGAUCUUACUGGGUUUGGCGAAAGAGGAAAACAGAGGAAGAAAAGAUCGAGGAAUGGGAGCUUGAUUACUGGCCUCACAGAUUCUCCUAUGGGGAGCUCAGAGAAGCAACAAAGGGAUUCUCAAAGGACGAACUUCUAGGUGCAGGUGGAUUUGGGGAAGUAUUCAAGGGGAUUCUACCAAACAACACAGAAAUGGCAGUCAAGUGUAUCAAUCACGACUCAGAGCAAGGGCUGAGAGAGUUCAUGGCAGAGAUAUCAAGUAUGGGGAGGCUUCAACACAAGAACCUGGUCCACAUGAGGGGUUGGUGCAGGAAAGGGAAUGAGCUGAUGCUGGUGUACGAUUACAUGCCCAACAGCAGCCUCAACCACUGGAUCUUCAAAAAUCCCAAGAGGGUUUUGGGGUGGGAGGAGAGACGCAGGGUAUUGGUGGACGUAGCGGAAGGAUUGAACUACCUCCACCACGGUUGGGACCAGUUGGUGCUUCACCGUGACAUCAAGCCCAGCAAUAUAUUAUUGGAUUCCGACAUGAGAGGACGAUUGGGGGAUUUCGGGUUGGCCAAGCUAUACCAGCAUGGGCAGGCACCAGGUACCACACGGGUGGUGGGCACGCUAGGGUACCUAGCGCCGGAGCUGGUGAAUGUAGGGGCAACGGCAGCGAGCGAUGUGUAUAGCUUUGGGGUGACAAUGUUGGUGGUUGUAUGUGGGCGAAGUCCGAUAGAGUGUUACGGCGAUGAGGAGGAGGAGCAGUUGUUGGUGGAUUGGGUGAGGAAAUUGCAUGGGAAGGGGAGGAUUUGUGAGGUUGUGCAUCCAAAGAUUGCGAAAGAGUGUGAGGGUAGGGUUGGGGAUGUGAAGAGGGUGUUGAUGUUGGGGUUGGCGUGUUGUAGUCCAGACCCUCAGCAUCGGCCGACGAUGAAACAGGUGGUUGCAGUACUGAUGGGUGCUGUGGCAGAAGGGUUGGCGUCGGCUUGGCUGUGGAGUAUACUUUCAGAUCAGUCAGGGAAGUUGCAAGGGAGUGGGUUGGAGUUGGGAGAAGGAGAGGAAGUGAUUGGUGUUAGCGAAGGUGGUCGUGUUGGGGAAGACAAAUCACCUUUGUUGCAUGGUCAUGUUAGUUUCUCCAGUGAUGCUUACCAUUACAGUUUUCCACCAUUAUCAUUCUCUCACUCUCAUUCUCACCCUCAAUCCCAAAUGUGA